UUUGUAUGUAUCUUGUCUGAAGACGAGUCCAUGCCCGGACAGCAAGUUUAAAUCUGGCUCUUUCAUGAAGAAUUGAUGAAACAUCAGUAAUCAAUCGGCGUACUAGGAGGCACUGACAGUAACCAGUGAUUUCCAGCCAUGUCCAUCGCCCGUUUCCCUUUCAGAGGAACGAAAUGGGUUCCUCCGAUGUCGUCUGUGUGCUCCAAGAGGUUAUCGUCUGCAGUGGUUUCCGUGAGCGAGCCUCAGUACCCUCCCAUUGAGGCGCAGGGCCCUCUUGCCGAAAAACUGCGGCGAAAAGAACAGUGGCACAAAUGGCUCAAGAGUCACGACACUGUGGAGGAAAAAUUAUACGAACUGAAUAUGCCCAAAUAUUAUGGAUGGGAAGCGGUUAGUCUCAAUGGAAAGACCGUCCCUUACAAUUUCUUACCAUGGGUCCAGUUUGCCACUCGCACCCACAUUGAGGUGAACGAUGACAUAAAACCAAUCUAUUCUGAUGCAUCUUUGGACAGUAAGGCAUCAGAGCUAGCAUCAAAAUUAAAAUCUCAAGUUGAAGAAACAAUUUUGUUUGAGUAUCACUAUUUAAGGAGGAGGCAUGAACUGUCAGUAACCUCUACUAAGACACUGUCUAAACUUGAGACUGAAGACAUUUAUACGAAGAGCUUUGUGGAUCAUUUGAAUAGGGUUCUGGUUAGUGGUCUUGUAUCUGAAGCAAAGCAUUUAAAUGCAAUCACUGUUGUUCCAGAUCCCAGGGUAGAGGCCUUCUGGUUCCUGGGUGGCAUAAAUCCAUCUAAAAAAAAGCUAGAUGAGCGGAAAUCAAGAACAAAAAUGACUAAUUUGAAUGUGAGGAAGUCUUUCCUAGAUCCAUCAUUAGUUGAUGGACCAGUCAAUGAGCCAAUCCAGUUUUGUGGAGAAUCCAUCUUGCAGCUUCAAUCUCGAUACCCCUUGCCAUCUGCUGAAGACAUAAUGGAAGAAGACCCACGAGCGAAAGAUAUUCCCCAUGUCCCUUAUGAACCUAAAAGUCUGUACCUUGAUAAAAAAUUUCGCCAUGCAACAACAAUACCAGGGUUCUGGCCAGGGGAGCCUCAUGAGUUUGGAUUAAUGUCAUUCCUCUCUUCAAACUUUUUGGAAUCAAGACCAUUUGAUCUUGAGGAAAGAUUGGAGGGGGCGCACAGUGUUGCAAUUUUAUCCUCAUUCUCCUGGCUUCUUGGUCAGGCUUGCUAUCAAGGUUUUUCAACAUUCCAUGAUGUAACCUACCCACUUUUGACACAAACAGCUGUAACAAAUGGCAGAGACUGGUCUUUUUAUUUGUACCAACUGAAUACUACCUUAUUGCACACCAAGAACUCUACUGAAAGUCCCAGGUGCAAUUUAUGUUGGGCCUCCAAGCCAGCAUCGUUGUUUGAAAGUGUUAAUGAAGGGCGUGUUAUUGGAUUAAAUGAAGAUGUUCUAAAACAAAUCAUAAAAAUGUACCUGUUAGAACCCAGAGAAAGAACUGGAGUGGAAAUGAAACCAUAUUUAUCAGAUAAACCCUAUAUCGCCAAUAUUGAUUUUGAAGAAAGACGCAUUUGGUUAGAGGGUCAUUAUAAGUAUUUGACAUCUAACCGCCCUAGGGUUCAAGAAAAACCAGAGCUGUAUGCUUGGGAGUACAUUUACAAGGUCAAAUUCCAUGAUAUGCCAUAUGCCAAGAAAACUCAGUGGUUUACAACUCAACAACCACCUCCAGAUGCAAGAAGAUUAGAUGACCACCCUAAAAUUCACAAACCAAACGCUUUGAGAACAGAGGCCGAGAAAAAGCUAGAUAAGACUUUGUCAAGGUUUGAGAGAACAUUUUACCCAGGUACCAACAAGAAUCCGAUUGUUGGGACAGGAAAGUAGUUGUUUGUCCCAAAGAGUAGGCCUUCAAAAAGUUGGCAUUUCAAUUAAGGUGUGAAAAUAUAAUUUGUCAUGUAUUCAAAAUAGGAUUAAUUUAUUGUGACAUUAAAUACAAUUUAAGUAAAUAA